UAAUAUUGUACUUUAAUCGGGCAGACUGGCAGAGGUGAAGCUAGGAACGCAGUUCAUUUAAGAAUGCAGGAGACCACCAAGCUGCAACUUGUUAGAAGUAGCUGCUCGUAAAGAAGGAAGAACUAUCAUUUAGGAGAGAUAUACACGGAAGUCGAUGUACCCCAGGAAGAACAGGUUUAAAAAAUGGAGGAGUCAAGAAAAAGAGAUGUCUAUUAUUAUGCUCACAAUCCAUGCUAUGUUCUUGAAGAAGCUCUAAAGGCUAUGUUCAAGUGUUUUGGUUUUGAGACUCAGCCCAGAGAGGAUUCUUCAAGCUUAGAACAUAAAGAUGAGUUGCUCGCUGGAACGAGUACUCAAGAUACUUCUUUAAUCAGUGAACAGGUUGCAGAUACUCCCUUAACAUCUGACCCUGACCCACCAUCUGCAACAACAGACCCAGAAGCUGAUGAUCUUCGUUCCAACGCAGAAACUUUUGGACUUGCUGAGACUGUAAUGGCUGUGCGCGUGCCUCCAAGGCCACCAAUAAGCAGAUCACGGAUUGGUCCACAGAUUAAUUAACUUCAAUCGGUUCUGCUCUCAAUUUAAAGAUAUCUUAUCUGUGGGUCAAAAACCUUGCUAAAAUAUUCUAUAAUGGGUGCCCCGGUCGAGUACUAGUUGUCUCUAUAUGUUUCCUCUUCUCCUAUCAUGUAUAAUAUGGUUCUGCUUAUGUUACAGAUCUACUACUGAAAAGAAAUCUGUGUUGUGUAAAAUGUAGGAGCUAGGGCAUGUCAUCCACUUUUCUUUAUGCAUGGAUUGUAAAUCUUCUGAAAUCUGUAACACAUGAAUUUUGUUGAUGAUGAAUGGUCUAAUUAAUUCAUAUAUA